UGGGGACCCACUGCGUAGGGGACAGGGACUAAAGGAGGGGGGUCCACCCCGGGGCUCGGACGAGGGGCGCGUGCGACCCUUGUAAAUAAGAACAUCUGCGCCCCUGGAGGUGAGGCGGCUGAGUCGACGCUGCUUGGAUCCUGUUUUUGAAACAUGAAUACUUCACUCUUCCUGACUGCCCUUUGCUUGGGAAUAGCCUCAGCAGCUCCAGAACUCGACCAAAGCUUAGAUUCACAGUGGUACCAGUGGAAGGCAACGCACAGAAGAUUAUAUGGCAUGAAUGAAGAAGGUUGGAGGAGAGCAGUGUGGGAGAAGAAUAUGAAAAUGAUUGAACUGCAUAAUCGGGAAUACAGCCAAGGGAAACAUGGCUUCACGAUGGCAAUGAAUGCCUUCGGUGACAUGACCAAUGAAGAAUUCAGGCAGGUGAUGAAUGGCUUUCGAAACCAGAAACACAGGAAAGGGAAAGUGUUCCAAGAACCUCUCUUUGCUGAGAUCCCCAAAUCUGUGGAUUGGACUCAGAAAGGCUAUGUAACUCCUGUGAAGAAUCAGGGUCAGUGUGGUUCUUGUUGGGCUUUUAGUGCAACUGGUGCUCUUGAAGGACAGAUGUUCCGGAAAACUGGUAAACUUGUGUCACUGAGUGAGCAGAACCUGGUGGACUGCUCUCGGUCUCAAGGCAAUCAGGGCUGCAAUGGUGGCCUGAUGGAUUUUGCCUUCCAAUAUAUUAAGGACAACGGAGGCCUGGACUCAGAGGAAUCCUAUCCGUAUCUUGCAAGGGACACAGAUAGCUGUAACUACAAGCCUGAGUAUUCUGUUGCCAAUGACACUGGCUUCGUGGACAUCCCUCAACGAGAGAGGGCACUUAUGAAGGCAGUGGCAACUGUAGGACCCAUCUCUGUUGCUAUUGAUGCAGGACAUUCGUCCUUCCAGUUCUAUAAAUCAGGCAUUUAUUUUGAUCCAGAUUGCAGCAGCAAAGAUCUGGAUCAUGGUGUACUGGUGGUUGGCUAUGGCUUUGAAGGAACAGAUUCAAAUAACAAUAAAUUUUGGAUUGUCAAGAACAGUUGGGGUCCAGAAUGGGGCUGUAAUGGCUACGUAAAAAUGGCCAAAGACCAGAACAACCACUGUGGAAUUGCCACAGCAGCCAGCUAUCCCACUGUGAGCUGAUGGACCAGGAGAUUAGAGGACUUGAAGACAGCGUAUCUGGGGGAAUUUUAUCUUAAAACUGAUCAAACCCUUAUUGUAUAAGAUAAGACACUACUUGAAUCGUUGAGGAUCCAAGUUGUGAUUUGAAUUCUGUGACAUUUUUAUAAGGGUAAAACAUUACCACUACUUUACUUACUGUUAUAAAUAGCUUUAUAAUGUUGAAGUCUCGUUACUUAAUUCUAAAACUUUUGGAUUUUCAUUUUUUCAAAGAAUAUAUAAAACUUCACCUUUUAAAAUAAAAUUUAAUUCAGUAUGUA